UAAGCACGAUUGCAGGCAGUGUUCCACCUGGGCCAUCAAAUCAACUGAUGCCAAACUUAUAAGCCGACGUUUUCUUUCAGACAUCUUCGCCAAUUUUUUCCCGUCUUUCACUCUUGCUGCGGGGAUCAAGUGUUUGUUUGCUGGCUUCUCUGCAUUCCAUCCUCCCUUAUUCCCAUCGAGAACUCUACAUGUCCAUUCAGGACGACCUACCCUGGCCCGAGUUGGGCAACGUUUCGCGAGGAGCAACGAGAGGGAACCAAGGGCAGAAGGGUGUUUUGGGCUCUCCAGAUCGUGACGGACGAUGCACACUUCAACUUCGUGUGCAGCCAGGUGUUCUUGCUGUCAAACUCAACCGCCAGGCGAGCGACUGGUACAGGACACUCGAUAAUGAAGUCAAUCGUGCCUUGAAGUUGACAAAGACCUACUGGCGGAAAGCGAGAAGACGUCAAGACUACGAUGCUCGCGCAGACCAAGAUCAUAUGGAAUUGCACGAAUGGCUGCAACAGUUGAAGGACAAGACCAUGUCCCAUCUCGAGUUACUCAUGCAAAAGGGUGAUAUCCAAGGACCUCCAUACAUCAUGCCCGACGACAUUGAAUUGACUUUCUUACGGAAGUUUAUCGAGCGUCAAGCAGCGGGUAUCCCUCACAACCCUCGUCUGCGGAAUUCGGGGGAGCAGGCGUACAUUCUUCGUGAUCAAUCGGUGGAGUCGGCGUCCCCUGGACCUUCAGACCAGAGUUACAUGGAUCAAGGCAGGCGGAACCAAAACGGGCUUGAUCCCUCAGAUCCUUCUUCUAACCACCUUAUGUCCAUGUCUUCACGUCCAUCUGAAUCACCGCUUCUUCGAAGUCCUGAGAACUUGCUGCAGGAGGCAGCUGCGUCGAAACAAGCGCUCCAACUUUCCCGAGCUUCCCUGGCCCGCGCCCAGAAAGAUACACAGGAUGCCUUUCUACGUUACACUGCAUGUCUCGACGCCGAAAGACAAGCCCGACAAUCCGUUGCUACAGCGGAAAAGCGUCGGGACGAUGUUAGUGGGUACCUUUCCACUUCAGUGUUCCCCCAGCUCGUUCCUAAUGGCGGUGCAGUGUCCGCUCUACUCAAUCUCAGCCAAGGGAUGCAACAACCUUCAUAUUCGCCGCACAUGUCGGCGAUGCCUCAUACUUCCGGCGUCGACCAACAACGGUCAAGACAUUCAUCUGUUUCCCUGGAGGAAACUCAGGCUGCUCAAGCUCUGGCACGAUACCAUACAGAGGCUCAGAAUCAGGCAGAAUUAAAAGCCUCGCGCAACAACAAACCAAUGGAAUGGGGUGAACCUGAACCACAGGCCGUCUAUGCCACCGAGCCGAUGCAUAUGGAGGAUCAUACCGGCAGAUCGUUAGCGAGGAAACACUCACGCACCUGGGAUAAUACCGGCCAAUUAUCAGACGGCCACAACCAAUACGGGUGCGAGGACCUCACAGCUCUACCUCCCAGAAAACGUAUACAUCACAUGAUGCCAGGAUUCGAUGUCCUGGGCAACGCCAUGCAAGCUCAAGCGCAAUCGAUGGGCCUACAACCCUGACAUGACCUCCGAUACACGACCUCGCCAUGAUAUUUAUCUGUUAUCUUUAUCUUAUGUGCUUUCAACCGAGUAAUUGUAAUUGUACUUCCGCAAACAAGUAGGCUUCACGUUACUUAAGGUGUAGAGUACUACAACAUUUUUGUAUUCUAUAUUCAUAGUUCAUACCACUUCCACUAGAGUUAUACCUAGCAUAACAAUUACUGAACUUCUGGCAUCCAAAUUUUUCACAUGUUCGGAAAUAAACUGUCACGCCGAAC